AUGCUGUUACUGCUUCUGCUGCAACUGCUAUGGCUACAUCCCUAUGUUUUUGGGGAAAAUGAGCCAUAUACAGGUAUCGAUUGGAAAACCGUCAAAGGAUGUGAGGAGAAGAGAGAGGAGAACUUCUACGUCCUUGGAUGCAACCAAGUGUUCUAUCGCUGCUAUGGUGGCAAAGCCUAUGAGUACACGUGUCCCUCGGGUCUCUAUUUCGAUCCCAAGCGAAAUCGUUGCAACCAUAAGGAGAAGACAAGCACCUGCUUGAACGAGGCUGAUUACAAGGGCACACUGGUUAGAGGGAUAAAACCGUUCGACUGUACUGGACGUGAAGGCAGCUUCGAACACCCAGAAAGCCGGUGUGACAACGUUUACUACACAUGCGUUCAUGGACGACCAGUUCGACAACAGUAA